AAAUGAUGAAAGCCCAGGAAUUGCUGACAUUCGACAGUGUGGCUGUGGAGUUCACCUGGGAGGAGUGGAAACUCCUGGGCCCUGCUCAGAAGGACCUGUACUGGGACGUGAUGUUGGAGAACUACAGCAACCUGGUGUCACUGGGGUAUCAAGCUAGCAAAUCAGAUGCACUCCUCAGGUGGGAACAAGGAGAACAACCACGGACAGUAGAUGCAAUCCACAGUCAAACCCAUCCAGAAAUUGAGAAAGUUAAUGAUCAUCUGCCAGGACAUUCAUACAACCAGAGAAUGGAGCAAUGCUAUGAACAUAACGCAUCUGGAAAUAUCAUUCAUCAUGGCAAAAGUCAUUUUCCUUUAGGGCCAAAUCAUGGUGUGUUUGAUUUAUAUGGAAAAACAUUGAAAUCAUAUUUACAUUUUGUCAACCAGAACAGAAGCUGUGUAAUAAACAAGCCUGCUGAGCUUAAUGGAAAUGGGAAGUACUUUCACCAUGCUAAUCAUGAGCAAAGUCAUACUGAAAAUAAAUUCUGUGAAAGUAGAAAAACAACCAGCACUAAGUCACAACUCCUUAACCAUCAGAAAACUCACAAAAAAGUGAAAACCCAUGAAUGUAAUGAAUGUGGGAAAGCUUUCAUCAAGAAGUCUCAGCUCACUCAACAUAAGAGAAUUCAUAUAGGAGAGAAACCCCAUGGAUGCAGUAUAUGUGGAAAAACCUUCUCCAAGAAGUGCAAGCUAACUGAACAUCAAAGAAUUCAUACAGGAGAGAAACCCCAUGGAUGCAAUGAGUGUGGGAAAACCUUCCUCAGGAAAUUUCAACUUACAGAACAUCAGAAAACUCAUACAGGAAAGAAACCCCAUGUAUGCAGUUUCUGUGGAAAAGCAUUCUCCAGAAAGUUCAAGCUAACUGAACACCAGAGAACUCAUACAGGAGUGAAACCAUAUGAAUGUACUCUAUGUGGCAAAGCCUUCUGCAGGAAGGCAGAGCUCAUUAUACAUCAGAGAAAUGAAAAAGGAGAAAAACCCUAUGGAUGCAGAGAAUGUGGGAAAGGCUUCUCCAAAAAAUCACAGCUCACUGUACAUCAGAAAAUUCACACAGGUGAGAAAUCCUAUAUAUGCAGUGAUUGUGGAAAAGGCUUCAUUCAGAAGGCCAAUCUGACUGUACAUCAGCGAACCCAUACUGGAGAGAAACCCUAUGGAUGCACUGAGUGUGGUAAAGCCUUCAGCCAGAAGGCUUGCCUCAAAACACAUCAGAGAUUUCACAUAGGAAGAACUCCUUUUGAAUGUAGUGAAUGUGGAAUGUUCUGUUCACAGAAGACCGAUCUCAUUAGACAUCAGAGAAUUCACACAGGAGAGAAACCCUAUGAAUGCAGUGACUGUGGGAAAGCCUUCAUCAGAAAGCAAGAGCUCAUUGUACAUCAAAGAACUCAUACAGGAGAGAGACCUUAUGAAUGCACCGAGUGUGGGAAAGCUUUUGCCUCCAAGUCUUGCUGUACUAAACAUAAGAGAAUACACACAAGAGAGAAACAUGCAGAUUCUGUCAAGGUUGAAAAUCCUUCUUCAGAGAAUGACAGCUCAUUAUACAGUGAAACCCUGCUAACCAAGAAAAACACUAUUAAUGUUCUGCUUAUGCAAAUGCCUUCUAUGACCCUUCAGAUAUCAUUAAACAUCAGUGGGCUCCUAACAAAUGGAAACAUAGUCCCUUUGGGACAACCUCUUGCCAGAUGUGCACUUUCAGGAAGUAACAGAGCAUUUGCAGAGGGAAGAAACCUGAAUGCAGUGAACAUGGUAAUACCUUAAUAAUUUGCAACAGCCUGUUGCCAUAUGUGCUCCCUCAGGAGUUACCACACAGUUUGCCCAGCAAAGAAAGCUUAUGCAUGUUAUAGUGCCUUCAGUGAUCAAUUAUGUCUUAUUUUAUGUUACAUAAAUAGGAAAACCCUGGCACAUUGUCCUCACUAGGUGCCAGAGAGUUCACCUUGGGGAGAAGCUGUUGGAAAGCAGUGACUGUGAAAGGGUUUUCAGUGGUAUGUUCUGCCUCAUCAAUUGUUGGAUGAAAUCAUAUAGAAAUAAAACUCUAUGAACACACUAUGAAGCACCUUUAGUAGAAUAUAGAAGCCCUAUGAACAUGAGAAAUGUUUAGAAGCUUUCUGUUCCACAUCCAACCUCAUUUACCUCAGAUAAUAUACCUGAUGCACAUGUCUUAGAUAGGUUAGCUUGAACCAUAUUCUUAGUUGCUGUCUUAAUGAUUCCAUAACUUGAAUUGGUGUACACUCCACACCACUAGUUUUAAGGUUAUCACAUUAUAUUAACUUCACCCAUAUUUUCCCAUUGUCUUUCUUGCCCACCUGGAACCCUAUGAUGAUUAGUUCUUGCAGUUUUUUGACUCUAAAUUUAUUUAAAUAUUAUUUCAGGCAACUGAACUCUUUCCAAAAGAAACAAAUAUAUUCAGUUCAUAAAUGUAACUUAAUCUGUUUGGAUGUGUUUAACAGAAGUUUUUAAAGAGGACCAAGCAUUAUGUAAUGUCACCUUCAGUGUGAUUUUAAAUUCUCUAGACCUAAAAAUGUAGAAAAAAAUAUGCUCUGCAAAAUGAACUGAAAUCCCAAGGAUAAUUAAUUAUUUAAUCUUGUAAAUUAAAUAUCAAAAUACAUCCUAAUACAGCUGUCUUGGGAAUUUUUAAAACAUGAAAAGAAAAAUCAGUAAGACAAUCAAUUUGAAAACAAGAUUACUCCACUUGCUUCCAUCCUAGCUUCCCUUCCCCUUCCUCAUCAUUCAAAAUAUUAUUUUCAGAAUCCUUGAGUUACCCAGUUCUAAACUCCUGAAUAACAAACCACCUGCACUCUUCUCCAUUGGGCAGUUUCCUGCCUAAUGCUAUCUUUGACCUCCCUGAUGGAAGUACCAAACCAUUCUUCCUGUUAUCUAUUCCUGUUACUUCUCAAACCAGAGGGACUCUGAGGGUGUCUUCCACAUCCUGGUAGCAUCUGAGGAAGAGAAGAGUAGAUGUUCAUAGGAGAGUCAACAUUGGCUUGGUAUCUCCUACUCUAUAGAGAGCUGAAGAGACACACGCAAUUGGAAUAGGCAAAGGUGCCCAGAAUAUUAUAGACCUGGACCAAUCUGGAAAAUGAUUUCAGAGAUGAUCUGUAUCAUUAUUGACCUGUGGUCAGGGGGACUGUUGAUAGGGGCUGGCAGCAACUGAGGCCAGUGUAAGGUUUAGACUCAGGCCAAGUCUGCUGCUGAACAACUGAAAUUUGAAUUGGGGCACCAGUCAGGGGUCUUCAGGAGAAGCCAGGAGUAGUGGGCUGACAACAGAUCACGUAUCUUAGUGGGAUUUUAAUCAGAGUGAUUGCAAAAUGAUGAAGAUGUAUUCCUUUUUUCCUUUUUUAAAAAUAAUACAUGAUGCAAAAUAAUUUAGAAACACUUGGAGAGAACAGAUCCACUGUUUUCUUAAUGAUUUUGACAAUGGAUGUGGAAUAUAUAGAAAUCUUGAGUCCUGUGCAAUCACUACUCCACAUAUCAGCUUCCAUACAAAACAUAUUAAAACAAAUAUCAAAUUCCUCAACAUAAGUUCCUGAGUAUGACUUGAGUGUAAGUUAUAGACGUAAGAAUUAUACUGUAAGCCUCAUGAUGGCAAGAAACUUGUUUGUCUUGUUCAUUUCCUAUAUUAGAUGUCUAGAAAAUUGUCUGGCAUAGAGUAGGCUCUGAGUACACACCAUUUACUUGACUGACUCUCAUCCAGUAUGCAGUCUGGUCUUAUUUAAAACAAAGCAAGACUCAAGAUCAAACUGUUUUUAUGUAAUUUAACUGUAUCCCAGAACAAAGCUCAAGAAUAUAGGAUACAAAUUAUCCAGCUACCCACCCAUAUCAUAUCACACCCACCCAGUCCUCCAUGAAAUUCACAGUGUAUAGUGUGUUUGCCAAACUGCAAUGGCAGAAGGAACAGUCCCCACAAGUUGCCAGCCACAAGUUCAGGGGUUCUCAGGAUCACCUUCACUUCAGACCAGGUGGCCAGAAAGAUAGGGCUUCCAAUGACCAUUCUUAGGUUCACAGGAAUUAUAGAAUUGAAGAAAGUGCUAUACUUAUGAUUAUAGUUUUAUUAAGAGAAAGGAUACACAUUAGAACCAGCCAGAGGAAGAAAUGCAGAGGGUGAAGCCUGCAAGGGAUCCAAAUGCAAAGCUUCCGUCAUCCUCAGUUCUGUAUCAUGAUCUUGAUUAUAGUUACACAAAUCUAUGCAUGUGAAAAAAUUGCAUAGAGAUAUACACACACUUGUGGGCUCAAGUGCAUGUGAAACUGGUGACAUCUGAUUAUGUUCUGUGGAUUAAACUAAUAUCAUUUUCCUGGUCUUCAUAUUGUACUAUUGUUCUGCAAGGAGUUACCAUCAGGGAAGGUGAGUGAAGGGUGCAUAGGACCUUUGCAUUAUUUUGCAACUUCCUGUGAAUCCAUAAUUUCAAAAGAAAAAGUUUUUAUGAAGUGUAAAAAAGAUGAUUUCCAGUCUUAAGUUACCUUCAAUGUCAAAAACUCUCUUAUUUUUGGACUGUGGGCCUACCCUCAUUGAUAUGUCUGCACAAUGGUCUGCUUGUUUCCUUAAUAUUUAUUUCUGGUAGUGAAAUUUCUCAGUUAAUGUGCUUUCUCAUAAUGCAUUUUAAUGCACAUUGUCUUCUAGACAGGUGUAUCAUUUAUAUACCCACCAGAAAUUUAUGGCAAUAAAAUAUGGCAACCAUAGAAACCCUGGAUUUGCUAUCGUUUUAAAUUUGACAAUAUUGACCUCCAUGGUAUUUUAUUUGGUAAAUAUUUUGAAUUUCUUUGAUUUCUACUACAUUAGACCUUUUAUUGGGUGGGCAUUUGUAUGUGAGCGGGACUUUGAGAAAUGAGGAGGAGUCAUCCCAUGAAGGACCCUUUUGACCUCUGCCAUCCCAUUGUAGUUGGGGAUCAAAACACCCUUGCUGUGAAGAGAAAGUCAAGUCAGCGACUUCGUGGGAAAUCUGUCCAAGUGGAAUGGAAAACUGUGUGAAUUAGGUUAUGUUUGUCUGUGUUCACAACUAUUGUAUCUCCAAUACACAGAUUAGCUCCUGACACCUA